UCGCAGUCACUCGCCGCAUUCGCUUCGGUUCUGGCUUACGCUGUAACGGUCUCCGGCCGCUGCGCUCCUCCGCCGUAGCGCGCUGACUCUCAAUCGCCGAGUUAGGAUUCUGCUCAAUCGGAUGCAUGCUUUGCCGUCUACUAGUUAGCAGAUAACUGAGUUUAGCGUUUUUUAUAAGUUUAGGCGGGCAGUAACAAUUGUAAAGUUUUGGUUUCGCACAGCUGCCAGACAGGAAAGCCGCUGUUCGCAGAGCUGUGUCUCUUGCCGUACCUAACGUUUUACUUUCAGCUUUUAAGCCUUGCCCUUGUUAAGAGCUCCAACGAAGGAAUCCCAAGAGCGAAGAAGCUAGAAAAGGUGCAACAUAUUUUUUUCUCUCUGUCUCUCUCUCUCUUUCGAAGCACCAGAUGCGGCAACGCGUACUUGUCAGUCACCAGUCAGGUUUUGUGCACUAGUGACGUGAGGUGCCGACUCCGGCGAUUCCUGGAAGCACCAGAGACUAUGGGAAUAUUAGGAACAAUGUCAAGGUCGCUCAAUCAAUCGGCAGCGAGGACAAGCGUUGCUUGGAUUACAAUUUCACGGGAUUGCCUUUGGUCCGUUGCGCUGACAUGCACGCUUCUGCUGGUUGCAUGCCCCGAGGACGUAGAAGCAUUAAGCAACGCCCCAUUCGAAGUGACCACCGUGGCCGGCGGUGACGCCUGGCUCCCGUGCAACAUCACCCCUGACGGCAACGAAGAACGACCCGUCGCGCUUAUCCUGUGGUACAAGGACAACUCUUCGACUCCCGUCUACACGGUCGACGCUCGCUGGGGCAGCCUUCUCCAGGGUGCGCGGCACUUCCCCAGCGAAGAGGACGAGGAGCUGGCUGCCAGGAUGAGCUUUGAGGCCAGCCACCAGCCGGCGCUGCUACGAGUGACGCGCGUUGAAGCCGAAGACGCCGGGGUGUACCGCUGCCGGGUAGACUACCGUCAAGCGCGCACUGAAGUCACGUACACCGCUCUACGCGUCAUAGUGCCUCCAAGAGAGCUCAUUGUGCUCGAUGAGUACGGCCAGAGGCAAGUUGACGUCCUUGGGCCAUACAACGAGGGCACCACUGUUCUUCUCGUAUGCGAAGUGGAAGGAGGAGAUCCUCCGCCCGAAGUUGUCUGGUACAAGGACGGCGAAGUGCUGGAUGCCAGCUUCUCCGUGCUGUGGCCGCAAGGCGUCGUGCGGAACGAGCUGCGACUGGGUCCGCUGCGACGGCGAGACCUUCUCGUCGCGCUUCAGUGCACCGCCUCGAAUAACAACCUCACCGAGGAGCUGUCGGCCCGCCUCAAGUUGGACCUCACUCUGAAACCCACCGAGGUGAAGGUGUCAUUACCUGCACUGUCGACACCUACAAGUGGCGCCGCCCUCGUGGCUGGCGAAGUUGCCGAGGCACGCUGCCUGGCGCGGGGAGCGCGUCCCGUGGCGCAAGUCACCUGGUUCAAAGGAAGCGAGCGCCUGCAGCACGACCGCCUGCUGUCUCGAGAGCCUGGCCUAACGCUGAGCGCCGUGAGCUUCGUGGUUCGCGCCCAGGACCACGGCUUGCAGCUUACGUGCCGAGCGGACAACCCGAGCCUUCCAGGGAGCGAGAUCAGCGAUUCAAUUCCGCUUAACGUUCAGUAUCCACCGCAGCUGUCGCUCACAGCUUCCGACCUCCGUCCACACGAAGGCGAGAACUCGACGUUACGCUGCGACUGGAGCGCCAACCCGACCGUCAACGCCAUCUGGUGGCGCCGCGACGGGCAGCUGCUGGAGUGGCGAGACGAGGUGCUUCACCUGAGCAACGUGAGCAGGGCACACUCCGGACUGUACGAAUGUCUCGCCUCUAACCGUUUCGGCGAAAGCUUCAGCAACCAACUGAGGCUCUCUGUGCAAUUCGCUCCAGAAUGCGCAGAGAAUCAAAGGGAAGAGUACGCGGCGUCUCCCGAGCUCCGCAUCGCUUGCGAGGUACGCGCCAACCCGAGCGACGAGCUGCACUUCGAGUGGCUGGCCAACACCACCAAGCGCACAGGGCGCAUCAACAGCUUGACGGUGAACGGAACCCGGGCCCUCGCCCGAGCCGUCGCCAGCAGGGAGCUCGAGUACGGCCUGCUCCUCUGCUGGGCCUCAAACAACGUGGGCAAGCAGCGGGAACCGUGCGCCUUCCGCAUCGUGCCGCCCGCGCCGCCAGGAACUCCGCACAAUUGCACGGUGACUGCUCAGAGUCAAGACGGCAUGGCGGUCACCUGCGUACCGGGCUCCACAGGUGGUCUCCCGGUGACUUUCUUCGCCGAACUUCUCGUUGACGGCACGGCGACGUCACCGCCUGCGAUGUUGCGGAAUGCCAGCGACUCUCGAAGGCCCGAGUUUAGCUUCGCAGGGUUGCCCAAGGAAGGUUCCCUGCUGGUGCGCGUGUACGCCGCAAACUCCCAAGGCCGCAGCGCUGACGCGGAGGUCCACCUUCCCGCCGGAUUGUCGCUGCUGCACAAACCUACUCACACAAAUGACUCCACUGCGGUGAAACUGCCAGGCCACGUAUUAGGUUUUCUCGUCGCGGCUGUCGUCGCGCUGGCUUCUGUUAUGGUCUCGCUUACAGCUGCGAGACACUGGAAGCGUCGGCGGAGGCGUAAAGAGGCAAAACAUGCAGUACAGCUUCAGAAGUAUUCCCCUGAGAAGACGUUUUGCGAGUGUACUUCCGGUGAGGUCGUGUACCAGUCUCCAGAUCUCAUCACGAGCAAGUACGGAGUGUCAGGCGAGUAUAUACAUUUGGCGUCGACUUGUAGUCGGUUUCAAAGAGACACACACACUCUUAGAAACAGCCAGCACUAUCUGGUUAUCAUUCGCACAUUAAUAUUCUUAAGUUAUAGCGACAGUGCUCGAUAAGAACCAACUAUUCUUCGAUUUGGCGAUGUUUUUCUUUUGUUUUUUGUUUACAUAUCUUUGUGUGUCGUUCCUUUGUGUGUGAGCACUUAUUCGGCUAUGCAUAUCGGAUGUCAAUUUUUUUAAUGGGAUCUAUUCUAGUUUCUGUGUGUCAUAAUUUCAUCAUUGAUUCCAUUGAUGCGAUGUUCCCUUAUCGCAGAAACUUCACAACGAGCCAGUUUGUCACUAAUACUGACAAGCACUAACGGAGGCAUAACAAGAUAUAAAUAGUCGCCAUGGAUCAUGCUCCUUCAGCGAGACCGAACAUUUUCUGCACUAUAAAACAAGACGCACUAAUAUUUUUACUCGCCUUGUAAUAAGUGUGCUGAUAUAUUCACAACAUAUGGCCGGCCAUUCACAAAAGGAGCCUUGCACUUGACUUGUAGCAAACGGGUUUCGUUGAGCUUCGAGUUCUAUUAAGAAAUUGUGAUACCUUUUUUUUAAAAAAAGAAAUUUCCGUGAGCUACGUGCUUCAUGAUUAUCGCUUUGGUUUAGCCUUUGUCUUCCUCCUUUGGAAUAAUUAUGCACUAUGAAACUAGGCGCACCAUGAGAUCUACCGUAAAAAAAAGUUUGAAUCACAAGAACGCACGAAGCUUGUUCUCGCGCAGAGAUCCUGACCAGGCUAUUUUCUACAGAACGGCUGGAACAUGCUUAUUUUUUUAUUAAGGAUGAGCAUAUAGAGUUCUGUGACUGCGUACUUUGUUUAGACUUCAAAUGUGCAAUCACCACCAAAAAAAAAGAAAAACAUUUGACGGCCCAGACGCGACUGCAAUUUUCUCCCACGACAAAGGAAGCCGAAACUUUCAAAAAAUGAAUGAAAAUGUUAAACAUUUCCACUUCUAUUUGCGAAUUAGCUUUCUAUAUUUAGCAAUCAAGAGGCACAAUGUGCUAAACGUAGCGGGAAUUCCUUAGGUCACAAAUUAUUGUAUGAGGCUUUUAUGGGCCGAUAACUGAUGUAAUUGUGAAGGUUGUCUUAGCGGUAGAGUCCGAAUGAAUUUUUAUCACCAGGGGUCCUUCGUACCUAAAUCUAUGUACACGAGUGUUUGAAAGCAUGUUGUUUACUUGUCCACCCUCAUUUAUUUAUUUUAUCUCCUUUAAGCCGUGCAGACCGAGCCGUAGCAGUAUCAGCAUUGCAUGGCGAGGUAGUCGGUGCGUCUAUGAUCGACACCUGCUGCCCCGGAACAGUCAGCUUGGAGUCGGGCUGUGUGGAACCUGUACAAAUCAAGCUCACAACAUUCGCCCCUCGCGCAAGCCCCGAAGACCGCAGGCAGGCGUCAUCUCCGUGCAUUUGUUCGCCCUCGAGUGUGCUACAGACGCGAAAGUCUUCGCGCCCGCAGGACCUGUACUGCACUGGUGUAGAGUCGCCGAUCACCGCCACGUGAACGACGACAGAGCAGGAGGAUUUAUGUCAAGACAAGGUAAACCGAAGGCCAAGCAGUGGUUUGUGAUAAGAGACUUCAGCGACGGUUCAUCAGUCAUCAAUCCUGCUUGUUCCCUUUCAUUUCCACAAGAUGGAGACAGCUCUUCUCACGGUGGCGUUAAAAUUACGAACCCAAAUCAUGUGGGCUUGCGUAUGGACGUUUCGCUAAGCUGAAGCGAUCCUUCCGUUUCUCUUACAACGUACAAACCGUGCCUACACACAUGGAUGUUUUUAAACACGUUUAAUAAAGUUGACUGCAGCGAUUUCAUCCAGAAGGUGCUUUUAAUAAAAAGUGUCGGCAACACGCCGGUCAGCGAAGGAAUGAAUGGCACAAAUAAAUAUCUUGGGAA